AUGGCAACACACUCUGAAUCAUCUCCAAUAGUCAAAAACUCUUCGACCCAAAUCAGCAGCAAGGAAGCAAGGUUAUGGAAACUGGACUCUGUUGCCUCAGUGAUGAUCCAGAGACAACAUCCGAAGAAGCAACGGGUUGCAUUUACGGAACCUUCCAAUUCACCAAACAUCAUUCUCCCCGAAACUCUGAGUCCUUGCAAAGAGAAAGUACAAUCUUGGAAGGAUUCCGAUAUUAAAAAAUCCAAUUCAACAAGCAUAGACUUUUAUUCCUCUCAGAUUGACAAACCUACUAUUUCAGGCAAUAAUGAGUAUCUGUAUGACAUGGAGGUGGUUAUGCUUACUUAA